GCUUAGCUCGCGCAGUUCGCAAAGUCUGCGGUAGCGCAUGCUAUUGACUAUAAAAGUGCAUUUAUUCAUUACACAAAUAUUACACGUUCAAUAUUUACCUGCUUCCGUGUUAUGUCAUGUAAGAUGCGUGUUAUUUACUGUUUAAAUUUUGUUUAUCAUUUGUUGGUGUUGUGUAGUGCAAUAUUAUUGAUAACAAUAAACGCGGAAGAAACGCAACAAAAUAUUACAAGUGAUUUGAAUUUAGAAAAUAUUAAAAAUGUGAGUGAAAUAAGUGAAGGAAGUGCAGUGGUGUUUGUACCAACGCAGGCAACCAACAUUACACCUCCAACCACAACUGAAGUAAUUCUGCAUGAAAAUCAUGAUAAUCAAGUAGUAAUCAGCGCUGAAACAGCGUCAAAUGUUGCUGAUGAGUUUUCUGUCAGUGAUGAACAUGAUAUUGAUGAUAAUAUAAAAGAUGACAACGAAUUAGAUGAUUUAGGAACGUACGAAUCACGUAUUCGUAUUGUUGAUGUGGAAUUAUCAUUGGGUACCGUGCGUGGUCGAAUUGGAAAAACAGAAGCCAACCGCAAAAUAUUCUACGGUUUCCGUGCGAUGCGAUAUGCAGAAACUCCGAAGAGAUUCGAGCCUUCAAUACCUGUCAAACCUUGGGAAGGAAUUUAUGAUGCAACUGAAGACCGCCAUUGUUGUAUUCAGAUACCUGAUAGUGAAUCAGGCAUGCCCGAAUCCGAAGAUUGUUUGUAUAUUAAUGUUUACACACCACAAUUACCUGUAAAAUCACUAAAUUCAACGCAAAAUUCUACUAAUAAUUUAUUACCCGUAAUGUUUUGGAUUCAUGGCGGAGCACAAAUGAACGGUGACUCAUCAUAUAACUACUACGGUCCUGAUUAUUUCCUUGAAGAAAAUGUUGUUGUAGUGACAAUUAAUUUCCGCAUUGGUGUUUUUGGUUUCUUAAGCACUGGUGAUUCAAUUGUACCUGGAAACAAUGGACUUAAAGAUAUUUUACUUGGUUUACAAUGGGUGCAAUCACACAUUGAGAAGUUUAACGGCAACCCACAUAACGUGACACUGUUUGGUGAAUCAGCAGGCGCUAUGGUAAUGUACCUGGCGCAAUCACCGCUCACCAAAGGAAAGAAUUAUUUUAAUAAAGUGAUAGCACAGAGUGGGAACACACUGUGUCCUUGGUCUUUUCAACGUAAUCCCAGAGAUGUCGCUAAUCGCAUAGCGGUAGCUACGUUGUGUGGAUUGUUUAUUUUUGACAGUCAAUUGAUGGUUAAUUGUUUGAAACAAGUGGACGUGAAUGUUUUAAAACUAGCAGCGCUUGGAGUUUUUCUCGGGGAUUCUGGAUUUUUAGUAGGCAUUCUAAAUGGUUUAGCGUUUGCACCAAGUGUAGAACCACCUCAUGACAACGCUAUUGUUACGAAUAAGUCGUAUGAAUUGUUGAAAAAAGGAGAAUUUCCCGAUUUUCCAUACAUUUUAGGAUUUAAUUCAGAGGAAGCAUUGGUGGUUGCCGAUAAUUUAACUCUUCUAAGACCUUUGUUAUUGCAAGUUGACGCAGCACCCGCCAUCUUGGUUCCUACCGAUAUGUACGCGUCAUUUUUCGACUCUGUAUUGAAUGUUGCAACGCACAUUCGUAACUUUUACUUUGAUUUUGCUCCGAUUACGCUUAAUAGCAACGCUAAAAUAAUCAAGUAUUUGAGUGAUCAUUUCUUUGACCGACCAACACGCGAAUCGGUUUCACUUCUUAGCAAACACGCGCCAGUUUAUUACUACCGAUUUUCUUAUUUUGGUAAACUAGGCUUGUGGAAAACAAGCGUAGACGGUUUGGGUAAGGUACAACAUGGCGCUGAUCUAAACUACAUUUGGCGAACAAGCACGAAAACAUUCAACAACACCAACUUGAAUAUGUUUACCAAAAUGGAUAAAUUAGUGCGGAGUAGACUUAUUCGUAUGUGGACAAAUUUUGCUAAAACUGGAAAUCCAACGCCUACAGUAGAUGUACUUCUGGAAAAUAAAAUAUGGCCGCAAGCGAAUGCCAUUCCAAAUAGCACUGAUAUUAUUUGCAUGGACAUCGGUGAACACUUGAAAUUAGUUAGGAAUCCUGAGCAUAACAUGUAUACAAUGUGGAAGGCUUUGUACAAAGCAUUUGGUAAACCCAGUGAUACUUUUUAAAAGCAUAUUAAUGUUAGAAAAUAGAAAAUUAUGCGAAA